UUCGAGCCGGGAGGGAAGGCUCUAGCGACAGGGAGGAGGGACGGGAGGAUACAGGUAUGGGAUGUGGAGACAGGAAAGUGUGACAAGGAGCUGGGAUCGCAUGGGAGCAAGAUCAAGAUACUAAGCUGGAGGGCAGACGGGAAGAGACUGGUGUCGUGGUCAGAGGAUGGGAGGAUGAGGGUGUGGGAUAUAGAGACAGGGAAGUGCUGCCUCGAGCUUGAUAAGGGGCAAGAGAAUAUAGGGAAGAUAAGCUUCAUGGCGGACGGGAGGAUAGCUUUGACUGGA